CGAGUGGCUUACCAGCAUCGGCAACGAGUACUCCCAGAUUGUUUCUUUUGUGCUGACUUGUGAGGAGUCUGCACAGAAGCUGCAACCCAUGUGCCGUGGAGUCAUGGAAAGGUUCCGGCUGGCCAAUCAACCGGUCCCUCAGGGCCCUACAUCUGCCGAGACAAUGUUCCAGGAGUGGUUCGACGGUGGUAUGGUUGUGCGUCUGGACAUCUUUCACUGGAUUCACCGGUUUGACGCAGCCGUACGCACAGACUCGCACAGCAAAUACGCCGUGUUCAACCGCACCGAUCUCGAGCUGCUGAUCAAGGCCGUCAGAGCCAAGGACCCGGACACAUUCAGGUCCGUGUCGGAACAGGAUGUCGUCCGCCUGUACGUCACCAGGGAUCAGCUGCAACAUCACGUGCGGAGGGUCACACUCGGAGCUCAGGAAACGUUCCUGCUCAUCCACCUGGCCAUCGAGGAGCUGAAGGGCCCGGCUGGGCUGGACCAGAGUGGAGUGAGCCUCUUUAAAACACCUGGAGCCAUUGAUGAGAUGUGGGUAGGGCAGCAGAGACACCUUGAGUGCAUCCAGGAUCAACCAGGCAUGAACAUGUAUAGGGUGGCCCGUACCACAACUAUCAACGGUGUGGACCUGCCCUACUACAAAAGUCUAGGUGGAAGCAACAGCCUGGAGGGAUUCCACAAGUCUCUGCCUCACAUGAUCCCAGGUCCCCAUUGUGCAGCACGGCCAUAUCAGGUUUACCUGAUAAGUGGCAUCGCACGGUGGAACUGCAACAGAAGCUCUGACGCAGUGUUUGGUGGCAAGGGACGGCGUCACAGGACCUACUCGGCGCCUCUCAUCCACCGCCUCAACACCCGCUGUCAGCAGCUGUUUGGAGAGACUGUGGAGGAGAAUCUCCGGGCCCCCGCUGAGGUGGAUUCCCACGAGCUGCUGGGGUUGGAGUACCUUUUCAGCCAGAGCACUGGUGAAUCUGAAUCUGGCCCAUUUUCACUGGAGGACAUCAUCCACGAUGGCCCCGGUCCAGACGAGGAGGUGGUUCAGCCCGGGCAGCCCACUCCAGAUCCCGAGGCAGACGAGGCGUACCAGAGCGACGGGGAGUCGCAUUGCGAGGGAGACAAUGUGCUGGAUGCCAUCCUGCCCCACAUCACACUCGUCACAGACGAAACCUCCACUGUCAACCCGCCCGCUUUUGAAGAUGCCUGCAGUCAGACAUCACUGCCACCUGUGUCACUGCCACGGCCACCAACCCCAGCCCCCAGACCUUUGCCCUCCCCCUCUCCAUCCACAGCAACCCGGGCGAUUCCUGGCCCCUCCACAAGGCCCAUCGUGCCUGCCAUUGCUGGACGUCCCAUACUGCCUGCCACCAGUACCAUCGCUAGACCUGUGCCCUCCCUUUUCCCAGGCCCCAUCCUGCCUGCCAGUCAGCCAACCCCAGCCAUUGCUGGCCCCUCCUCAAUGCCCUUACUGCCUGCCAUUCAGGCAACCCCGUCUGUUGAUGUGUCUGUCCCCCCUACUCUCGAAUGCAUUCCCUCAUCCUGGGCAAGGUCCACGCUAUACAAGCGCAAGGGGAUGGACGAGCCCUCGGGAGUAGGAGCCAAAGUGUCCCGGGUUCAAAAGCUGCCGUCGUGCACGUGCUGUGGCCAACCCACCCAGGGGCACAAAAAGUACAGGCGCUAAGUCUUCUGCCCUGUGAAGAUGAUGUCUCCGUCAAAGGGUCUGGAAAAGAACACAGUGUACAGCAGUUACCAAGAUUUCACAUCUGUUGUUGACGCGUUGGAGCAAUGACAAUAUUGUGAAUAGUCAUUUUAAUGUUUUUCAACUUGCUGUGUUAUCAUUUUUAUUUUUCAUGUUGAGUUUUAUAUUUUAUGUAUAUUGUAAAUAGUUUUCAUUCAUAUGUACGUCAUUAAUGUAAAUAGUUGUAUGUACAUUACAUGUUACUUGUUAGAUGCUUUUAUCCAAAGCGACUUAGUAUCAAUACUGUGGGGUGAAGUGUCUUGCCCAGGGACACAACGACAUGCUGACUGCAGUGGGGUUUGAACCUGUGCUCCCCUGAUCCAAACACCAACACACUGCGCCACAGCCUUCCUGUACAUAAUUGUACAUCUGAUUUGUAUCCACUUCAGCUUUUUUACCUGUGUUUACUUUAGUUUAUGUUGUUGCUGUUGCCAUCCUUUAUACUGAAUCAAUGAAGGUGAAUGUUUGCUCAGGAAAAAGUCCCAAAGAAUCCAACUGGGUUCAAUAGCUGGAUCAUUCCUGUUCUUCUUCUGCAGUUGAGUGAGAUCUCGUUGUUGUUGACUUGUAUAACAAUAAAUGUUAGUUUACAAGAAGUAAUUGAUACCCUAACAUUUGAUUCAUACUAGCUGAUAACAAAUAAAUCCUGGGAUAUACAAAAGUGAAUGUGUUCCAUGCAUCUGAUUU